AUGGAGACCAUCACUCUUGGAGACAAAAGAAUUGAUAUCAAAACUAGUGUUCUGGAAGAAAAGGCCACAGCCUGUAACAUGCUUUGCUGUUAUGCUGAUGAGUUGAAGGAAGGAUUCUUUCCAUGGAUUGAUCAGAAACAUCUUUUUCUGAGUAUUAAAUUGCAUGUGGGACAUGUUGCAGGAACUUUAGUUCCACUUCUUAAAUUUUACUUCCAUGAGGAGGUUAGAAAAGCAGCCAUUUCAGCAAUGUCGGAGCUAUUACGUUCUGCAAAGUUGGCUAUUGAAGGGCAAUCUCAAGUUUCAGUUUUUGCUGAGGUUUUGUGUGCUGGAAAAGACCUCGCAACGGAACAAACUGCUGGCCGCAUGAUUAAUCUUCUUAGACAGCUUCAGCAAACUUUACCGCCUGCAACUCUUGCUUCUACUUGCGUCACAUCUGAGUUCCACUGCAUUAGAGCUCAAGCUUCAGGUUCAACAAAAAUUGAGGGGAUUCCUGAGAAAACAGAUUCCAAGGAUGAUAACUUAGUAUUUGUUGCUGGUGCUACUGGUAGAGUUGGUUCAAGAACUAUUAGAGAGCUUAUAAAACUUGGAUUUAAAGUAAGAGCUAGAGUGAGGAGUGCUGAGAGAGCUGGUCUACUAAUCAAGAGUGUUGAGCAAAUGAAGCUUGAUGAUGGAACAAGUGGAGGGAGUCAAGCUGUAGAGAAGCUUGAAAUUGUGGAAUGUGAUUUGGAAAAACCAGAUCAAAUUGGACCAGCACUGGGGAAUGCAUCAACAGUUAUAUGUUCUAUUGGUGCUAGUGAGAAGGAAGUUUUUGACAUCACUGGCCCUUGUAGAAUCGAUUAUCGCGCCACCAAAAGCCUUAUUGAUGCUGCAACUGUUGCCAAAGUAAUCACUUCAUACUGGUUACUUCAUUGA